UUCAAAUGGCAGCCGACGAGUCCUACGUUCUGGGCCCAGACGAAGGGGUAGAGAUGGUUCGUCCGCUGUGGGCUGUUGAGACGGGGAAUAUCAACUCGCGAGAGCGGCUGCGCAUGGAUGCUCGGCUAUGGCUGGGCUUUUCGGAGAGACACACUGCGUUGGCGGUCCUGGUCAUGCUGGAUAAAUCAAAUGAGGUGGUUGUCUAUGAGGCAUGACAGCGUUGUGGGCAGUGCAAUCAUUCUAUCUCACUGUAGGAGUCUGGGUAGGCCUUUUGUGCGCAAAUCGCUACCCUGGGAUACAGUCAUGAAGCCGAGCAAGCGG